GCGUUUAAUGGUGUGCAACAGACAGCUCAGGAAGCAGGCGUGUAAAAUUCACAGGCUAGAAAGGUGCGAAGGUCAACAGGAGCGCGAGAAGUCAUAGUGACUGGGAGGUUCUUGGUGUGCAAUGAUCAUUCCCCAAAUGAGAAGGGAUAAACAAAGAAAUACGGAGCAAGCAUUGCAAAUGAGCCGCUUCUUCGCCUCCCGAGGUAAUGGGUGACUAAAUAGCUGCAUUCCUGCCCCCAAAAGCCCAGGCCGACCCUGCAGGACUUUCCCUCUCUCAGCCCCAGUCGCCUCCUCCACCUCGGCCGGCUGGACUUCCAGCAGGAUGAAGGGGCUGCAGAAGAUGCUUCAAGGCCGGGUCUUGAUCCUGACGGUCUGUGCUGCUGGAAUUGGGGGCACAUUCCAGUAUGGAUACAACCUGACCAUCAUCAAUGCCCCAACCACAUACAUCCAGAGCUUCACAAAUGAGACGUGGCUGGAGCGGACGGGCAGCCCUCUGGAGGGGAAGGUGAUCACCCUGAUCUGGUCCUCUGUGGUCUCCCUCUAUCCUUUGGGGGGGCUUGUGGGAGCCCUCCUCGCGGGCCCCAUGGCCAUUAAGCUGGGAAGGAAGAAAUCUUUGCUGCUGAACAACUUGUUUGUGGUCUUGGCUGCGGUGUUGGUGGGAUUCAGCCAAAUGGCCAGAUCCUUUGAAAUGAUCUUGCUGAGCAGAUUUCUUGCAGGAAUCAAUUCUGGCGUGAGCAUGAACAUCCAGCCCAUGUACCUGGGAGAAAGCGCCCCCAAGGAGCUCCGUGGAGCCGUGGCCCUGACGUCUGCAUCCUUCACAGCCCUGGGGUUGGUGAUGGGACAGGUGGUUGGGUUGAGAGAAAUUUUAGGAGCGGAGGAAAGCUGGCCUCUCCUCCUGGCCAGCAACGCAGUGCCUGCUCUGAUCCAGCUGGUCUUGCUGCCCUGGGCCCCGGAAAGCCCCCGGUACCUAUUGAUCGACCGAGGAGAUGAGGAAUCUUGCAUCUGUGCUUUGCAGAAGCUGCGGGGCAGCGACGACCUGGGCGGGGAGAUGAAGGAGCUGCUGGCUGAGCAGGCGGCCCUCCGAGGGGUGACAGCCAAGGCCCCCUGGGAGCUCUUCAGGGACCCGGCCGUGCGGUGGCAGCUCAUCACCAUCGUCUUCCUCAGCAGCGCCAUGCAGCUCUGCGGCAACGACUCUAUGUACUCCUAUGCCUCGACCGUUUUCCAAGAGGCCGGGAUCCCUUACGACAAGAUCCAGUACAGCAUAAUCGGCACAGGCAGCUGCGAGCUGAUCACGGCCAUGACUUGUAAUCUGAUCAUUGAGCACGUCGGACGAAGGAAGCUGGUGAUGGGCGGAUACAGUCUCAUGUCUGUGUGGGCCAUUGUCUUCAUGGUGGCCCUGUCUCUGCAGGGCCAAUAUAGCUGGAUGCCUUACCUGAGCAUGUCCUGCAUCUUCGCCUACAUCCUGAGUUUUGGAAUUGGGCCAGCCGGCGUGACGGUGAUUAUGCCCAUGGAGAUUUUCGACCAGGUGUCUCGCCCAGCUGCCUGCAUGAUCUGUGGUUCUCUGCUGUGGGCCAACUUGUUCCUGGUGGGCAUGGUGUUUCCUUUCCUUGUGGAAGGCCUUGGCCAUUACUGCUACGUCCCCUUCUUCACCGUCUGCGUCUCUGCCGCCCUCUAUGUUGCUUUCUUCCUCCCCGAGACCAAAGGGAAAUCCUUUCUGGAAAUCUCUGAGGAAUUCAACAAACGGAACUUCAAAGCGCAGACUCAUGAGGAGUCCAGGAGCCUUUCUGAGGAAACAAAGUCCACCAUGUUGUAGCCCCCGAAGGACGGAGGAGAACGACAGGGACAUGGGGAGAGAAAGUUGGUUUUGUGCCACCAGGCAGAUCUAUCCCUCCACACACACACACACACACACACCUGCACCCCCAAAUUCCCAGUACAGGGUAAAAGCUGCAGCUGAAGCCAGUUUAGAGUGGGGAGGUGGGAUUGAACAUUUUCUCUGUUUCUCUAAUGCUGAUUUGCGCGUGAAAAGUCCUGUACGGAAAUGUCUGUUCCCAAGAUUUUUAGUGGGUUUUCAGUUUUAGAAUUGUAUAAGAAAUAAUGCCCAGAGUCUGGAAUUUGAACCCUAAAGUGUCGUUUCUGACCAUCAGCUGCCAGGCUUGGUCAGUUAGGGGGAGCAACGCACUAUUCCAGGGUGUUGCUUUGGGGACCACUUUCUAAACGUGGAAUUGAUUCAUGAGGAGGGAAAACCCACCUGCACUUUAAUCGAUGCCUAAAUGUAUUGAUAGCCAAAUGUACUGAGAAGUUUUGUUUAUGAGAAACCCACAACUCACCCACCCCACCCCUAUCUAUGAAUGGGUUGCCUCUUUAACAUGUAUUAACGUGGCUGGGGCAUCUUUUUUUGACGGAAAGUGUGUUAAAAUAUAGAACCUAUUCCGCAAAUCCCUGCUAGAGAUCCUUCUGAGAAAAGUCCUGGCUACUUCACUCAGAGUUUAAAAAGUGAAUUAAUACGGAACCUUGAAAGAACUUCCAUCGUGCACUGGAUUCUUUUUUUAUUAAGCGAUUGUGGUAGAUUUUCCUCCUUUAAGUUUGCUUGAGCUACUCUGCCAGUGUCCCCACCCCCCAGCCCCUGAGCUGUGCCAAGGGACUGGGGGGUAAGGAUGCUUUAUUUUCUCUUUCUAGAAAUUUCCCUGCUGUGCCCCGUAGGUGUUGCAUGGGCUGGAUCCUCCUGCGCGUUGGACAGGCAUAUCUUGCUUUAACUGCCUGUUACUGCUGCUUUGUUGAGCUCCUCCGCAAGUUCUCUGAGCGGUAGCCGCACCUGUAGUGCUCCCAUGUGGCCACCCGGAAUAAUUUCUCCUCCUUCCUUCACUCAGAGCAGUAACUACCUCAAAUAACUCUUGCUUGUGCCUCUCUGCCUUGGGAUUUCCUUUAAUUUUGUCGCUAGAUUUGUUGGGUUUUUAUAUAUGAGCCACCCAACCUUUUCACUAUUUUAUGGUACAAAACAACCUUUGAUUAUUCCCAGACUUUUGAUUUCAGUGUCAGUCCCACAAUUGCACUGCCAAUAGCCAGAAGAACCAUGAUGUAUCUCUGUAGCUGUUAGUUUUCUUGACGAUGCGCUUUAAAGACUGGCUGAAGCCUGCAGACUGAGCGGAGGUGUCCCUCUUUUAGUUGCCAUGAUGGUGACAACAUGGUCUCUCUCUUUCUCCAGCUUCUUCUGGGAUGGUCAUGCUGCCAGUGUUUCUUCUCUCCGCCUCCCUUGGCUCUCGCUCUUUUACUGCUCCUUCUGCUGUUUCCCAGCAGGCAUUAAAACCUUGUCCCUCCAUUUAA